AUGGUCAAGAAUUCUGACUUUAUUAGACCUGUGGACUCCACAUGGCCGAACAAGCGAAAAAAUCGUAUCAAGCGACUAGGUCGCAUCCGGUACAACGGACCAACUGGCCACGCGGUACUUGAACUUGCUGGGAAACCGUCUCCUGGCUACCUUAGCAUAGACACAUUCUUCAAGAGAUCUUCCUUACCCGAGACAAAUCAUGUCACGAAUGGAUGGGCACAUUCUUCAUUGACCUGCCUUAGGCGGGCCCCUCGUUCUACUCUUCAAUAUACUAAGUAUAUUGGCUUACUGUCAAAGAAUUAUGCAAGACAGAUAGGAGUUCCAGACCAUACAGAUGUGUCGAUACCUAAAACCGAAAGGCGCCUUGAUCAGUUACUAUUGCAGUCUAUUGAGCUGAUGCAUGCUUCAGAAAUAAACGACGCUAGUACGGUGAGUGAAACAGGUAUAAAUACGGAUGGAAUAAAUGAAAAGGUUACUGGAGGGAAAGACCUUGGCAUGGAACGCGAGGCUAAAAUAGAUCUAGUCGCGUUAUUGAAUAUCGAUGGUAAACUAUAA